UCAAGGCCAUUUAAAUUUAGUAAUGAUCAUCUGAAGGACAUUGAAGUGGAAGAGCCUGUGCCACGAGUGCCCUCAGGCCGUGCUGGUUCUGAGGGGAGAGGAUUGUGAAGCAUGAGAUGAUUUGCAUCAAACACUUUGCUGGGAUCCUGAUACCAGCACUUGCAGUUUUUAUUAUUGUUGUCACUGGUGGAGGUACUAUUCCCAGAAUCGUGUCUUAGAGGCGAUGAGGAAUGAAGCCAGCAGACCAGAGUAUGGAGUAACCAGCGAAGCUUUUAUGGACUGUAAAGAAGGAAACGUCGGGGCUGCAGGGUCUAGGGUUUAUAAGCGCAGAAACAGAAAUUUACAUAAUUGGCAGGGGCCUGUUGCUAGGGCUGAGCUGGGUUCAAGAUUCUCUGUCUCCGUGUCCACUUAGUGAGUGUGGUCUAGUGUGUUUCUCACGGGUUCAAAAGGAAAAACUCCCUUAUUUUCAGGUUGAUUUUUCCAGGUGGCUAGCGGUUUCUUGUUUAUUGGAAGCCUUGACCCUAGGUCCCUCCUGACAGGAACUUACCUGGGCCUUGAGCUCUGUCUGUGUCUCACUAACACCUGCCUCAUUAUUAUUACCUCUCCAAAGCCCUAGGAUGUGGGAGUAGUUUCCUAGAGGAGGACACAGGCAGGGAGGGGGUAGGGGCGCAGAUGCAGGCUGGGACAGCCUCGGUUAUUAGUGACCAUGGGAGCGCUGGCCGCUGGCUGGGAGGCUCUCUUGCCUUUGGCUGCUGUGGUCACUUAGCCACACAAGCCCCAGAUGCAAUAGGGCUGGUGGCCUCCACUUCGCACCCGUGUGGCCCGCCUCCUGUCCUCCGGAGCCCUCCCCAGCUGGCCGCUGGCUCCCCGGUGGACCCUGUCCGAGGUGCUGGCCGGCCGGGGCUGGGGAGGACCCGUGCGUGGAGACCACCAAGGCCUACGCGGCCCGCGGCUGGGGGACCUGGGUGCAGACGCUGGCCGGGCCGAAAUCGGGCGCUUCCUCCGAGCCCCGCCCCACGCUCGCAGGUGCAGGAGGGGGUUCCCCCUCGGGCCGAGGACGGAUGUAAGGUCCACUGGGGGCGCCAGCAGCGGGGGAAUUCCGGCCACACCCACCAAGCCCCGGGCAGGAGGGGCGGGCACCCGGACCCGUGAGAAAAACCACGCGGGCCAGCUGCGCCGCGGGUGCUGCGGAUCUGCAGGGACAGUCUGGCCUUGGGAAGCUCCCUCCCUGGAGGUAUGAAGUGUCCUUCGUGCCAGCAUGUCUCUAAAGACAAAGCCCCCAAGUUCUGUAGCGAGUGUGGACAGAAGAUGUUUCCUGCAGCUCGCGCUCCAGAAACACAGGCUGGUGUGAAUGACCCUCGCAUUGCAGGAGGCUAUGAGGACUGUCAGGCCCCCUGGCCUUGCCCAACCCCUGCCCGUCAGUCUCCAGGGGAUGAACACAGCACGAUUAACUGUUUGGCGUGUCCCCUUCCAGGUGCCGCCUCUUUGUGGAAAUGCGCGUGCACACACGUGUGUUUCUCUGCGUGGACGGGGUCACGCCUCACAGUCCGCUUUUCUCGCCCGCUGCCCGCCCUCCUGGAGGCACACUGGCCCGGCACUGGCUGCUUGUCGGACCGGGAGGCAGAAGUCAUCAGUCAGCAAUUUCCUGCCCUUCACUGGGGCCAAGGGAAGUGCCAGGUUCUGAUUGGCCAGGCUGCUGGGGGGCUGCCCCCCCAGCAGAGGCUGUUGCUCUGUUUCACUACUGUGUCUCUGCCCUUCAAUUCUUUGUUGCGGCGGGGACGAGAACUGAGGAAAAUACACAACGUCCCCCAGCACCCUGAAGGGCUCAGUUUGGGAGCAGCCACUGCAUCAGAUCCUGAGAACCAUGGCCCCAAGGUGCCACAGCCCCCUGAGGGGGAGAUGGAGAGCGGGCAAGAGCUGAAGGAGGAAAGCGGCCCUUUCUCAGGCUCUAGUGAUCUGGGCUCCAGUGACCUUCAGGAAACUGCGGACGACCUGAGUUCCGGUGCCUCCUGGACCUUCCAACGAAGCAAAAAGAAGAAAAAGAAGAAGAAAAACAGUCAGGACACUUCCACUUCCGGAGAGCUGGAUUCCCUGUCCUUGCCCCCCUCCAGCCCCAGUAGUCUGAAAUCGCUUACAAACCCUGGGUCCCAGAAUGCAGCUCCACCCCAGAGCCAAGCUCAGCAGGAGGGUCUGGCCAGGGUGGCCCCACGCGUUGUCACGACGCCGCUGGGCCGCCCGGCACCCCAGGAGCCGACUCUGGGAGGCGUCCUCCCAGAAGGGAGGGACUGUGGCACCCCCCAACCCGUCAAGGGCAGAGGCCUCCCCCAGAAGGAGGCUGGCCCAAACUCUUCUGCCAGUAAAGGCCAUCCUGGGAAGGAAGACACUGCCUGGGAGCUCCUGCUGCCUGAGUCAAAGGGGGAGGGCUCUGAGCCCGGGAAAGAGGGCCCAGCCAGGGCCCCCGCCUCCAGGGCAACUGAUGCUACAGUCAAGCUGACUGAUCUGGUGAACAAGGCUGGAAAAGAAGUUAAAACCAAGACUCAGAAAACAAAGCCAUCACCAACAAGUGUCCCUGCUUCCCAAGAGUGCCUCAAGGAAACUGAAGCAGCCAGGACAGCCAUGAGGAGGGAGGAAGCAGGUGCGGAUGAGAAAGCGACCCGGGAGGACGCGAAGAAGCCAGGAGGGAGUAAGAGAACCCAAACGGCUGCCUCGGUGAAAGACUGGAAGGAUCAAAGAAGCCCGAGAGCCAGUGCAUGGAAAGUUGAGAGCCCCCUGAAUCCCGAGGAAGGAAUCACAGUGUUUUUCCACGCAAUCAUUUCCAAACAUUUCGAGUUCAACCCCAGCUCCCACCAAGUGUUUGUCAGGGGAGGUGAAGAAUUCGGGAAGCCCGAGUGGGACCUCAAUGUCUGUGAGAUGUACUGCACCAAAAAUUUAUAUGAGAACGGGUCCCUCGUUGAAGGCAGCACCGUCAUUGCCAAGCAGCACUUGGACAAACCCAUCCCGUACAAAUACAUCAUCAUGCGCAACAAGGACACCGUCGAGUACGAGUUCAUCUACGAAUAUCAGCAGCAGGAGAGUGAACCCAUCAACCGCUGUCUGCUUGUGAGGUCUUCCCUGCUGCGCUCAGGAGACUGGCACCAGUAUGAUGACAUCAUUUGUAUGAGGCCUCCUGGGAAACUUCAGAGAUUAGUGGACUACUUCACGGACGGCACCAAGAGAGACGUGGUGCGGGGGAAGAAGAUCGCGGCCACCAUCAUGCUAGACGGCAUCUUCGGUGUGCUGCAGACCUGGAGCCUCAUCAACCUGAAGAGCUUUUUCACGCAGUUCGAGCAGUUCUACGCUGCGGUGCGCGUGCCCAUGAUCUACGAAGGCCGCGCGCGGCCGUGGAGCUCUCUGCAGUACAAGGAAGGGGAGGUGAAGAAAAACCUGUGGGAGUAUUUGAAGAAGCAAAUGGCCCCAUUUCUGGACAGACACAGCGACCGUCUGCCUGACGACUGCCCAGUGAGGAGUGCAUUGAGAAUGGGCCUCAUCGUCCUUUUCUUAGCGGAAAAGCUCAACUACCCCUUGUCCGAACACGAGCUGGUCCGGCUGUGUGGCCUCCUCUGCUCGAAUGCCGAGUCGCCAGAUGCCUUUCACGCUGACCUGAGCCACGUCCUUGAAACAGGUCAAAGCUGGCGAAGGUACCUGGUGGACCUGUGCCGGAUGUGCGUGGACAGGAUGAAGGAGUGCUGGGUGCCGGUCCUGCCUUUGCUGCACCACUGCAUGGAGCUGGCCCCCCAGAGGAAGGGCUUGGUGCUGCAGCCGGAGGACACCUGGGCGGCCCUCGAAGGAAUCCCGUUCUCAGAGUACCGGGAGAAAAUUCCAGAUGGGCGGCAGUUGCUUCAGCUUAUGGAAAAAAAGAAGCACCUGCUGCAUGUGGACAAGUACCUGUUCCGAUCCUGGCUCAGCGUGCUCCCGCUGAGGAGCCUGGUGCCCUACGUGAAGCAGUUCAGCGACUACCUGAGCUGCCACCCCACUUGCGUCCUGGACUGUCUGCUGGCCACCUGGUACCGGUUUCAAGGCCUUGAGGAAGUCUCCUACAGAAAUGCGGAGGCUAUUGAGAAUGCGUUAAAGAUGCUGUUGAAACUCCUGGAUGCUUAUCAGGACAAGAUUCUUGAGGAGCCCUUGACAGUCCUACAGUCCUACCUGACUGUGUGUCUGAAACUUCACGAAUCUACCUGCAAAAUCACAAAAGAGCAGAAGUAUUAUGAGAUGCCUGCCUUAUCUGCUGAGAUGGUUUGCAGAAUUAUUAAGCUUAAACCUCUAGUGGAGCAGGCCUCUGCAGAAGGGCAGGGAAAUGAAAUGGGAAAGAAGAAUUCAGUAAAAGCAGUCUUCCAGGACACCCUCACCACUACUAGAACUUGGCUCAAGAGGAUCUUUAGGAGGGGCAUGUUCCAGAACACAUAUGAGCGUCCUGUCUCAUUCGUUUAUCAUGAUGAGAUCGAGGUCUGGAGGCGGCUGGUGGAGAUGCCCUUCCCCCUGGAGCGCUGGAGGGAGUCCUUGCUGGGGGACAUGGAGGGGAGAAUCAAACAGGGGACGCCUCUCGCCCAGAUCUCUGUCUUCUGCAGCACCCAGUGGGUCUCCGCAGGCCCAGAAGACAGUGUGUCAAAAUGCUUUCAGAAGUGUGUCAUCGAAGCCGUGAGCUCCGCCUGCCAGUCUAAUACCAGUAUCCUCGAGAGAAACUCCUCCUGUGACUUGUGGAAACUGGGGACUCUUGUGUCUGCUGUGAUCACGAAGUCCUGGCCGAGAAUCAAUGGGGAAGUUGUGGUCACCCUGGAUGAGGUCCUAAAACACCUGCUUUUUUGGCCAGACAUCAAGCAUGUCUUGAAAUUGUUUGGAACCAACAAGACGGUCUUAGCGAACAUUACGGAGAACGGCAAGAAGCUGAUGGCGGUUGUGGACAAUGUGCUUGCAAAAGUCACCGGGGACCUGUUGAGUGGAACGAUUUUAGUUGGACAGCUGCAGCUGAUCCUGAAGCACAUGGAUCACUUUCUUGACAUCUGGCAAUUGCAGAGAGAAAGUAUUUCACUCCAGGAGAAAAAACAUGAUAUGAAGAAGGUGCUGGAUUGGAGAAGGAACGAGCUAAUAUUCCUAAUGAGAGAGAAAAGAUACGUUGACAGCCUCCUGAAGAUGUGUGGGAAGGUGAAACACCUGAUAAAAGUGGACUUGGGAGAGAUUGUGGCGAGACACUCGGAAGACCUCAGCAGCAAAAGACUAAGUGAGGCCACGACGGUGAGGUCAUCGCUCGCCUCCUCAGACCAGAGGCCCACCACGCAUUACAGCCUGAGCCCCCAGGUCGAGGAGAUGGCCCGCCAGCUCAGCAUGCUCACGGACAGCCAUGUCUUCCAGAUCUUCUGGGCAGAAGCUGCCAGGGCGCUGAGCGCGUCCCAGGUGAAGGAGGAGGAGGCGCGGCCGGCCCUCCAGCCCGGAGACGUGUAUCAGCAGUUGUACCGCCCUUGCUUCGAGAGGUUCACGGGUCUGUACCAGGAUCUGAAGUCAGGAGAGAUCACCUUUGGGGAAGUUGAUGCCACCUUCAAAGACUUUGUGGGCAGAUACAGCCACCUUAGCUACAACCUGCAGAUCAUGUGCGCCCUGGAUCCCAGUGACCCCAGGGACUGGAUCACAGAGCGGGUGGAGCAGAUCAAGGAAUACCACCACCUGCACCAGGCGGUCAGCUCGGCCCAGGUUGUCAUGGAAGCCAAGGAGAAUCUGGGUCUGACGGGUGACUUCAGUGUUCUCCACACUUUAUUAAGCUUUACGGAUGACUUUGAAGACUUUCGCCACCAAAAGCUGGACCGGAUCAGUAAGCAGCUCAUCUCUGCCAAGAAGCUGCUGCAGGGCAUCGACGAGGCCCGGCGCCAGUGCCUGCGGGAGCUGUCCCUCAGGACGGAGUUCAUCGGCUGGGUCCGGGAGGCGCUUGGAGGCAUCACUGAGCUGAAGGUGUUCGUGGACCUGGCCUCCAUCUCAGCGGGGGAGAACGACAUUGACGUGGACCGGGUGGCCUGCUUCCACGAUGCUGUGCAGGGUUACUCCCCUCUGCUCUAUAAGCUGGACACAAGCGCGGGUUUCGAUGAGCUCAUGACGCAUCUGAAAGAACUGUGGAAGGCUCUGGAAAAUGACCAACACCUGCCCAGUAAACUCCGUGACUCUGCCAGGAACUUGGAGUGGCUGAAAACAGUGAAAGAGAGUCACGGGUCUGUGGAGCUGUCAUCCCUGUCUCUGGCCACAGCGAUCAACAAUAAAGGCGUCUACGUGAUUGAAGCACCCGCAGACGGCCAGAAGAUUUCCCCAGACACGGUUCUGCGUUUAACCCUUCCCGAGAGCCACGGGGACCAGGACGAGGAGCGAGACUAUUCUUCAGAAGAGCUGAAGGAACUUUUGAACAAACUGAUGCUAAUGUCAGGCAGGAAGGACCACAACAGCACGGAAGUGGAAGUGUUCUCCGAGGUGUUCUGCAGCGUGCAGAGGCUCGUCCAGGCCUUUAUAGACCUCCACUCUGCUGGGAACAUGCUGUUCAGAGCCUGGAAGGCCAGGGUGUCCUGCGCUCCCCAGGACGGCGUCUCCAUUCGCAUGGACUUCUGCUUGGAGCUGGUGGGCCAGCUCACGGGGAGUGGGCCGGUCGCCCGGCUGCUGGAAGCCCUGUGCUUGCAGAUGGAGAAAUUCUUGAAGCAGUGGAAGGAAUUUGUGGCUGAGAAACGGGCUGCCCACUUCUACCUCAACUACUACACCGCUGAGCAGCUGGUGUAUCUGAGCACGGAGCUCAAGAAGCAGGCCCCCAGCGCCGCCGCCCUCACCAUGCUGUCCUUCAUCAGGAGCAACUGCAGCCCAGAGGACGUGGCCCAGGCCUGCAGCGGGCUCGCCAGCGAGGCCACCCGCCAGCGCGAGAGGACGGUGGCGGAGGAGCUGCCGCUGCUCCUCUUCUCCGCAGGCAGCCUGGGGGACAAGCUGCAGGUCCUCACGCAGCAGUCGCUGGGCUGCAUGAGCGCCUUCCUGCCCCACUGCCUGGACCUGGAGGCCUUGGGCUGCGGUCUGGCCCAGCUGGCGAGCAUGGGGGGGCCUCCCGUGCAGCGGCAGCUCCCGAAAGGCCUGCAGGCCGGCCAGCCCAACCUCAUUGUCUGUGGCCACUCUGAGGUGCUGCCGGCCGCCCUGGCCAUCUACAUGCACACCCCUGACCAGCCCCUGCCCACCUACGAUGAGGUGUUGCUCUGCACCCCAGGAACCACGUUUGAGGAGGUGGCGCUCCUCCUGCACCGCUGCCUGGUGCCAGGCUCCCUGGGGUGCAGGGUCUACAGCCUGCUGUUCGCAGACCUGCUGAGCUACGAGGUGGCCUGCCAGGCCGAGGCGCUCUUCCUGCAUCUGUGCACGAAGUGCCACCGGGAGGACUACCAGCUCCUGAUGGUCUGUGACAGCGAGCGGGAGCACAGCUACCUCCCCUCGGCCUUCAGCCGCCACAAAGUCCUUGUGGUCCCCCAGGCGCCCCUCGAGGCCUUCCAGGCCUACCUGGCCCGUCACUACCAGGUCCCAGAGCAGACCGUGUCGGCCGCCGCUGUGUGUCGGGACCGGAUGUGCGUUGGGAUCGUGGCCUCCGAGAGAGCGGGUGUCGGAAAGUCUCUCUACGUGAAGAGAUUGCAUGACGAACUGGAAAGAAAGUUUGGUGAGGAGAAAGAGUCUCUGAAAAUUAUUCGAUUGAUUGACCCUCAGGUGGAUGAAAACCAAGUCCUGGGCUCUCUCCUGCCUUUCCUGGGUGCCCAGUAUCAGGCCAGACCCAUGAUAUUCCACUUCGACGUGACCUCUUCAGUGCAGACUGGAGUUUGGGCAUUUCUUUUCAAGCUCCUCAUUCUGCAGUAUUUAAUGGAUGUAAAUGGGAAAAUGUGGCUUCGGAACCCGUGCCAUUUAUAUAUCAUUGAGAUCCUAGAAGGGAGCUCAACGCUGCCAAAGAGAUCUUCAAAACUGAGCACACAUGCCCCCCAGUUCAGUUUUCUCGACAUCUUCCCCAAAGUCACCUGCCGGCCUCCCAAAGAAGUGAUAGACAUGGAGCUGAAUCCUGGGAAGAGCUGCAGAGACCCAGGGAUGGACCAGAGAGAAUUCUGCAGCGAAACCUUCCAAAGACCUUACCAGUAUUUAAAACGGUUCCAUCAGAAACAGGACCUAGACAUGUUCAGAUACAAAGAUGGCCUCGUCGAAGACACCCCUGAGGAAUGCCUCCAGCAUUUCCUGAUUUACUGUGGGAUGAUAAACCCAUCCUGGUCAGAGCUUCGGAACUUUGCCUGCGUCCUGAACCAUCAGCUCCGCGACUGCGAGGACUCCGACUUCUGCAACCCGGAGGUGAUCAGGGACACGCUGGUGGGCUUCAAGACCUUCGUGGUGGCCUUCAUGAUCCUGAUGGCGAGGGAUUUCGCCACACCUACACUGCAGAUGUUGGAUGAGAGCCCAGGGAAGCACAUGGUCACCAUGGAUGGGGCCACGGAAGAAGAUCUAGCCCCUUUCUCUCUCCGAAAGAGGUGGGAGUCAGAGGCCCAUCCCUACGUGUUCUUCAACAGCGACCACACGUGCAUGACAUUCAUCGGCUUCCAUUUCCAGCUCAACACGAACGGCAGCCUCGACGCCAUCAAUCUCGUGAGUCGGGAGGUGAUCAAGAAGGAGGUCAUGACAGUGGAGCUGUACCAGGCGCUGUUGCUUCAGGGGGUGCCCUUCAAUGUCGACUUUGAUAAGCUGCCCAGACAUGAGAAACUCGAGAAGCUCUGCCUGGCCUUAGGGAUCCAGCAGGCCAUCGACCCCGAUGAAACAUACGAGCUGACCACUGACAACAUGCUGAAGAUCCUCGCCAUCGAGAUGCGCUUCCGGUGCGGGAUCCCCGUCAUCGUCAUGGGAGAGACCGGCUGCGGGAAAACCAGGCUCAUCAAGUUCCUUAGCGACCUGCGGCGAGGGGCUGUCAGGGCCGAAACCAUGAAGCUGGUCAAGGUCCAUGGGGGAACCACCGCAGACAUGAUCUACUCCAAAGUCAGGGAGGCAGAGGAACUUGCGCGCUUCAAUAAGGACCACUACGAGCUGGACACCAUCUUGUUCUUCGAUGAGGCCAACACGACAGAGGCCGUAAGCUGCAUCAAAGAGGUCCUGUGCGACCAUACGGUGGGCGGCCAGCCUCUGGCCGAGCGCUCUGGCUUGCACAUCAUCGCGGCCUGCAACCCUUACCGGAAGCACUCGCAGGAGAUGAUCUGCCGCUUGGAGUCGGCUGGCCUGGGGUACAGGGUGCGUGCAGAGGAGACGGCGGACCGGCUCGGCUCCAUCCCCCUGCGGCAGCUCGUGUACCGGGUCCACGCCCUGCCGUCGAGCCUGAUCCCUCUGGUGUGGGACUUCGGGCAGCUGAAUGACACGGCAGAGAAGCUGUACAUCCAGCAGAUCGUGCAGAGGCUGGUGGACUCCGUCGGGAUAGAGGAGAACGAGAUGCGCGUGAUCGCAGACGUGCUCUCCGCCUCCCAGGGCUUCAUGCGGGGGAGAGGCGACGAGUGCAGCUUCGUCAGCCUCAGGGACGUAGAGCGCUGCGUCAGGGUGUUCAGGUGGUUCUACGACCACAGCGAGAUGCUCUUGUCCAGGCUGGACUCCUUCCUCUGCGAGUCCCCUGUCAGCAAAGGCAGCCUGGAGAGAAACCCUGUCCUCUGGUCUCUGGUGCUGGCCAUCGGGGUGUGUUACCACGCCUCUCUAGAAAAGAAGGACUCCUAUCGGACAGCCAUUUGCAGGUUUCUCCCAGAACCGUAUAAUGACAGCAAGGUUAUCCUGGACGAGAUAACUCGAAUGCAGGAUCUUUUCCUGAGUGGUGUAUCUCUGAGGAAAACCAUUGCCAAGAACUUGGCCUUGAAGGAGAACGUCUUCAUGAUGGUCAUCUGCAUCGAGCUUAAGAUUCCUCUCUUCUUGGUGGGGAAGCCCGGCAGCUCCAAAUCUCUCGCCAAGACCAUCGUGGCGGAUGCUAUGCAGGGCCAGGCCGCCCACUCGGACCUCUUCCGGAGCCUGAAGCAGGUGCACCUGGUGUCAUUCCAGUGCAGCCCGCACUCCACCCCUCAGGGCAUCAUAGGCACCUUCAGGCAGUGCGCCCGCUUCCAGCAGGGGAAGGACCUGCAACAGUAUGUGUCCGUGGUGGUGUUAGACGAGGUGGGGCUGGCGGAAGACUCCCCAAAGAUGCCGCUGAAGGCCCUGCACCCUCUGCUGGAGGAUGGGUGCAUCGAGGACAACCCCGACCCCCACAAGAAAGUUGGCUUCAUAGGUAUUUCCAACUGGGCCCUGGACCCCGCCAAGAUGAACCGGGGCAUUUUCGUGUCGCGUGGCAGUCCCAGUGAGGAGGAGCUCAUAGAGAGCGCCAGGGGCAUCUGCUCUUCAGAGCCCCUAGUUCAAGAGAGAGUCCAAGGGUACUUUGCAUCUUUUGCCAAAGCCUAUGAGAAGGUAUGUGAGCGCCAGGACAAGGAGUUCUUUGGGCUCCGUGACUACUACAGCCUCAUCAAGAUGGUCUUUGCCAUGGCCAGAGCUUCUCACGAAGAGCCUUCCCCGCAGGACAUUGCCCAGGCUGUGCUGCGGAACUUCAGUGGCAAAGACGACAUCCACGCUCUGGACAUUUUCACGGCCAGCUUGCCCGAGGCGAGGUGCUCGGAGGACAUCAGCACCUUGCAGCUGAUCAAGCAGAACAUGUACAGUGACCGUCAACAGGCGGCUGGCGGGGAGCCGGACGGCACCGAGUCCCGCUACUUGCUUGUGCUCACCAGGAACUACGUGGCCCUGCAGAUCCUGCAGCAGGUGUUCUUCGGCGAGGACCAGCAGCCAGAGAUCAUUUUUGGUUCCAGUUUUCCCAGGGACCAAGAGUACACCCAGAUCUGCAGGAACAUCAACCGAGUGAAAAUCUGCAUGGAAACGGGCAAGAUGGUGGUGCUGCUCAACCUGCACAGCCUCUACGAGAGCCUGUACGAUGCGCUCAAUCAGUACUACGUCUACCUCGGGGGUCAGAAGUACGUGGACCUCGGCCUGGGCACCCACCGGGUCAAAUGCCGGGUUCACCCGGACUUCCGCCUGGUGGUCAUCGAAGAGAAGGAUGUCGUCUACAGGCACUUCCCCAUCCCCCUCAUCAACCGGCUGGAGAAGCACUAUCUGGAUAUCAACACUGUUUUGGAGAAAUGGCAGAAAAAUAUCGUAGAAGAGCUCAAGAUCUGGGUGGACAAGUUCGUAGAUGUGAGCGCGGGGCGGUUUCUGGGCAGACACAGGUACAGCCCGUCUGACGUCUUCAUCGGCUUCCACUCGGAUGCCUGUGCCUCCGUGAUGCUCCAGGUCACAGAGAGGCUGGACCGCGGGGCGCUGACCCAUGACCUCUACCAGAAGGUGUCUGAGGCCGCCAAACUGGGCCUGCUGGCCUGCGCCACGCCGGACGCGGUGGUCCGGCUGAGCGCCUCCUCCCUGGGCCUGUUUGCUGCACAGUCCCUGUCCCGGGAAUACUAUCACAGGCAGCAUCACAACUCCUUUGCGGACUUCCUGCAGGCCCAGCUGCGCACGCUGGGACCGGGGCGCCACAUCGUCUUCACCGAGAUCACCACGUUCUCCAGACUGCUAACCAGUUGUGACUGUGAAAUCUUAGAAUCGGAGAUAAAGGGCAGGGCUCUGAAACUCACCGUCCUGUCGCUGCAGCUGUUCUACACGGAGUACUCCUUCCUCAGGGGAGUCCGAGACUGCUUAACUAACACAGCCAGCUGUAAAGUCCUCAUUAUUCAAACAGAUUUUGAAGACGGAGUUCGUAGCGCUCAGCUUAUCGCCUCAGCUAAGUAUUCUGCCAUAAAUGAAAUCAAUAAGAUAGAAGAAAACCAGGACUAUAUUUUAGUCUAUUUCAUCACAAAACUGUCGCGGAUGGGAAGUGGCACAUCCUAUGUGGGAUUCCAUGGAGGGCUGUGGCAGUCUGUGCACAUCGAUGACCUCCGGAGGUCCACCAUCAUGGUGUCCAAUGUGACCAAGCUGCAGGACGUGGCCAUCAGCCAGCUGUUUAAGCCAGAAGGCAUGCCUGAGCCAGAGAUGCCCGGGCCCAGAGGCCAGUGUGAGGAGCUCAUGGAAACAGAGCCCAACAGACCAGGGGACACGGCGGAGGAGGAAAUGGAGACAGGAGGUCCUGAGGCCCUGGGGAGCAGGCCCUGUGAGCUGGGGGAAGGUGACAUGGCACAGAUUGUGGACACCACCACUCUGCUGAGAAGCUGCAUACAAAGUGCCGUGGGCAUGCUCCGGGAUCAGAACAAGAGCUGCCAGCGCAACAUGAAGCGGGUCGAGAUCCUGCUUGGCCUCCUAACUGAAGAAGACGAGUUUAAAGCCGCGUUCUUACGGGUGUCCAAGAUGCGCCUCUACGUCCUCUUAACGAAGCAAGAAGAGACCUACAUCUGCAACACGAAGGAGUGGGUGGUGAGGGAAGCCUUGAACCUGGACGCUCUCCAGGAGGCCGGCACCUUCAGGUACUGGGACGAGGGCCCCGGGAGGGGCGGGUCAAAGGAAGGCCACCCGACGCUUCCCUCGGACCUCUGGGCCUCGGGCACCUGGCUCUACAGCAUCGAGGCGCACUGGCCUCGGGGUGGAUCUUGUGUCUUGAGACGUCUCCCUCACUGUGUCCUCUGUCCUCCUUCGCCUGGUAGCAGAUCCAGAGGUGAGAUGCCGUACAUCAUGGUGCAAAACCACAUGAACCUCUCCUGGGACACCUGCAGCAGCGUCCCGUUUAGCUGGAGAAUCCGGGACUAUUUGGAGGAGCUGUGGAUCCAGGCUCAGUACAUCACAGGGGCUGAAGGGCAGUCAAACAAGUUGGUGGAAAUCUUCCAGCAGACGCCGCUGGGCAGCUUUCUGUCCCAGCUCGGUGCGCGGCAGCAGGCCGAGCUGCUCCAGGGCUACUUGCAGGACUUCCUGCUGCUGACCGUGACAGUGUCCUCUCAGCAGGAGCUGCUGGUUUUGCACAUGGCUCUGUCGUCCUGCAUCAAUCAGUUAAAGGCGGAGCAGCCAGAGGAGAAGCUUUCUUUACCAUGGGUGCACCUGGCCUACCAGCAUUUCAGGAGCCGGCUGCAGAACUUCUCCAGAAUCCUGACUAUCUGUCCCCAAAUUCCACAGGCUCUGUUCAGCCCAGAAGCCUUACACGACUAUGGCUCUGGACAUGAGUUGAUUCUGGACGUCUAUGUAGCCAUGGCUUGUGCUGAAAUGCUGAUCAGAGACAUCCUGAAGCCCAGUCCCCAGGCCUGGCUGCAGCUGGUGAAGAGACUCGCCAUGCCGAUGGAGCUCCUCUGCUCGGACGGGUACAUGCAGGGCAGCGGGAGCAGGGCCACAGCCAUCGUCGGGGAAGUCAGAACCCACUGGAAUCGUAUUUUUUCCAUUGCUCUUUUUGUGGAGCAUGUGCUCCUGGAGACCGAGAGCCAGCUUCCCGAGCUGUGCCCGCUGGUGACCGAGUACGUCUUCCUGCUGAGCAAGUGUCUGGAGGAGAACUCUGACAUCAAGACCCACAGGCCUUUUGUGGCGGUGAUGACCACUCUUUGUAAAUGUAAGGACCAGGCCAGCAGGACCUUCUCCAGGUUUGGGGUUCAGCCAUGCCCCAUCUGCCUGGAAGACGCCCAGGAUCCUGUCUGCCUGCCCUGUGACCAUGUGCACUGCCUGCGUUGCAUGAAAACCUUGCUCACCCAAGGGGACACGAGGUGCACCCUGUGUUUAGCUGACUUGCCAGAAAAUUUCUCUCCAGUGGUUUCCCAAGAGCACAGGAAUGCCAUUGAGAAACACUCCUGCUUCCGACAGCUGUGCAACAGUUUCUUCGUGGACCUCAUUUCCACCGUGUGCUUCAAAGAUAACUCCCCACCGCAGAAGAGUGUGGUCAAUGAUCUGCUCUCUUUACUCUUCGUAAAAAAGGAGUUCUUAAGAGAUGCUUCCCAAAGAUACCGUGAACACACAAAAUCUCUCUCCCCUUUCGACGACGUCGUGGAUAGGACCCCUGUCAUCCGCUCCGUGGUCCUAAAGCUGCUUUUGAAGUACAGCUUCCAUGAAGUAAAAGAUUAUAUUCAGACCUACUUGUCCCUGUUAGAAGAGAAGGCAUGCAUAACUGAAGAUAAAAGUGAACUGUACCUGCUCGUCACCAACUGCCUGGAGGAUUCCAUGCAUGAGAAGCACACCGCCCUCUCUGCAAGCGCUGGGCUGAGACGGCUGAGGGAGGAGGGCCAGUUCCUCAGAACGUACGCCUCCAUGGGGCUGGGCCGGGAGCCUGCCUGCCAGGCCUCUGUGGAGCGCCUGCAGGACGUGGCCAGGAUCCGCCUCUGCCUGGACAGGGCUUCUGACUUCCUCUCUGAGCUUCAGGAGGGCUCCGCAGAGAUGGCUGAGGAAAAGCACUCCUACCUGGGGCAGGUGCAGUACUUCUGCGCCGAGGCCGGGAACGACUGGUUCCGCGUGUACCUGGUCAGGAAGCUCACCAGCCAGCAGGGGAUGGAGUGUGUGCAGAGCUUCUCCAGACAGGGCCACCCAGCCCAGUGGGUGUUUCCCAAGGAGGUCAUUGCCCAGCAGAAGGACUACCCGGGCCAGAUGGAUCGAUUCCUAGUGCAUGGAGAUGAAUACAAAGCCCUUCGUGACGCGGUGGGCAAAGCCGUCCUGGAAUGCAAGCCCCUGGCGAUCGUCACUGCUCUGGAGGCCAGCUCCUGCCCCCCACAGGCAGCCCACUUGCUGCUGGCGCUUUUCCGGGAGGUGACGGUCCUGUUCCGAUCCCCAAACACGCAUCUCCAUCCUAAGCCGGAGCAAUGUGAGGCCCUGAACAGAUUCAUCGAAGAGAACGAGAUCCUUUCUCCUCCUGACAUCAGACUUUUUGCAACGUCCCUCGUGUCCAAUACUCUGCCGCUGCUGACGGGCCCCGGGGAGGGCGGCCUCGAAGGGGCGGUGACAGAGAUGGCUGUCCAUGCCGCUGCCGUCCUCCUCUGUGGGAAGGGCGGAGUCCUAGAGCCCCUGAGGAAUCUGGCCUUCUUCCCAGACAGCAUGGCGGAAGCUUUUCUCCCCACAAUGCCUGAAGACCUGCUGGCUCAAGCCACACAUUGGAAGGAUCUGGAAGGAGUCCGCUGGUACACGUGUCCCAACGGCCACCCGUGCUCCGUGGGGGAGUGUGGCCUGCCGAUGGAACAGAGCUUCUGUGUUGACUGCCACGCGCCCAUUGGAGGAACUGAUCACAAACCUCGUGAUGGGUUUCAUCUUAUCGUCAAUGGCGCAGACAGAACUCAGACCGGCCACGUGCUGGGGUACCCGCAGCGCAGAGGCGAGGCGGUGGUGUCUGACCGACAGCUGUCCCCGGCCGCCUUCCUCCUCCUGCGGCUGCUCACUCAUUUGGCUAUGCUUUGGGGAGCUGCUCAGAACCACCAGGCUCUGGUAAACAUCAUCAAGCCUCCAGUGAGAGAUCCGAAGGGGUUCCUGCAGCUGCACAUUCACAGGGACCUGGAGCACUUGGCCAAGACGCUGGGGAGGAGCGCGGACGAGAGCAUGAGCGCGGUGCACGUCGUCCUGUGCGGCCUCCUCCGGGGGCAGCAGCAGCGCCCCGACCAGUGCCCUGGAAAGUUGGACCCAACUCUGUCUACCAAAGAAAUGAGAAACACCUGGGAGAAGCUUGUUUCGCGCAUUGUCUUACCUGAGCUGCAGAAUCUCGAUAAGACCCUCCUCAUGGUGAAUACUCGAAUCAGCCAAGACGAGCGCAUCAGUUCUGACCCUGUGGCCAAAAUCAUAUUCGGUGACCCAGUGUCCUUCCUGCCCCACCUGCCCCGGGGCAGCAUGGUUCACAGCUCUAAGAUGUGGGCCUGCAGGCAGAGGGUCACCUUGGAGCACCUCCAGCACAUCGUGGAGCAGAGAAACGGCAAGGAGACCGUGCCUGUUCUUUGGAAGUUCCUACAGAAGGAAGCAGAACUGAGGCUGGUGAAAUUCUUGCCCGAGAUUUUGGCCCUGCAAAGGAGUCUUGUGGAACAAUUCCAGAAUGUUUCAGAAGUUGAAUACCAAUCUAUCCGAGGUUUUAUCGGAAGCCAAAAUUCAGAUGGGUUGAGGAAGUUACUCCACAACAGAAUCUCCAUCUUUCUGUCGACAUGGAACAAGCUGAGGAGAUCGCUGGAGACCAGGGGUGAGAUCAAGCUGCCUAAAGAAUACUGCAGCACAGACUUGGAUCUGGACGCUGACUUCGAGGUCAUUCUGCCGCGUCGCCGGGACCUGGGCCUCUGCUCCACUGCCUUAGUCAGCUACCUGAUUGCCCUGCACAACGAAAUUGUCUACACAGUGGAAAAGUUCUCCAAUGAGAACAACAGCUAUUCCAUCAAUACCUCUGAGGUCACUGACCUGCAUGUCAUCAGUUACGAGGUGGAGCGAGACCUGAAUCCACUGGUUCUCUCCAACUGCCAAUAUAAAGUAGAGCAAGGCCGCGAAACCCUGCAGGAGUUUGACCUGGAGAAGAUCCAGCGGCAGCUCACCAGCCGGUUCCUGCUGGGCAAGCCCAGGAUAACCCUCAAGGGAAUACCCACUCUGGUGUACAGACGUGACUGGAACUAUGAGCACCUCUUUGUGGACAUCAAGAACAAGAUGCCGCAGAACUCUCUCCCCAACUCGGCUAUCAGCACCAUCAGUGGACAGCUGCCAUCCUACAGCGAUGCCUGUGAAGCCCUGUCUGUCAUAGAGAUCACUUUGGGGUUUCUGAGCACAGCUGGCGGGGAUCCCAACAUGCACUUGAACGAGUAUAUCCAAGACAUGCUGCAGAUGGACAGCCAGACAAUGCUGGUGUUAAAGGCCUUACGCUGGUGCCAGUUAAAACACACGAUUGCCCUCUGGCAGCUCCUCUCUGCCCACAGAUCUGAACAGCUGCUCCGGCUGAACAAAGAACCGUUUCGCGAAAUCAAGUCAAGGUACAAAGCUGAUCUCAGCCCGGAAAACGCCAAGCUCCUCAGCACUUUCCUGCACCAGACGAGCCUGGACGCCUUCCUCCUGGAGCUCCAUGAGAUGAUGGUCUUGAAGCUGAAGAGCCCCCAGACCGAGGGGAGUUUCAACCCCGAGUGGAGCCUGAGAGACACUCUAGUAAGUUACAUGGAAACCAAAGACAGUGACAUUCUCCCCGAGAUGGAGUCUCAGUUCCCAGAGGACAUACCACUCUCCAACUGUGUCUCUGUAUGGAAAAUGGCUGCUGAACUGAAACGGGAUCGGCAAGUCAGAUAGAACUGUUUACGUGGUGCUGCCUCUGCCCGGGGCGUGGGCUUCGCCCAGCACCAAAUUCAAGACCAGUACGUGCUGUGCCAGCUGACCGCUUCUGGAGAACCAAGCCAUUUCAAGAACUGUGCCCUCACGUGAUGGGCGCUGUGCAUUGGGAGAACUGAGGAUGACACGGACCUGGCACAAGCCGCCAUCCUUUACAGCCGGGACAUGGUACCCACGGGCUUCCAGCGUCAUGUGUGGCCGCCGAGCUUCUGAACUUGCACGUGCCUACCUACCAGGCCCUUCUUCCUCAGACUCCCGCACAGCGAGUGAAGGAAAACGAGUAAUUUUUGCUUUAUUUUUCCAACUUAGUCUGCAUUCAAAGAAGAGAAUCUGGCUUGCUUCUUUCUUCCAUUCCUGUACACUCGAAUAUUGAACACAAAUUUCUUGUUGCCAAGAAGCUGUGAAAAGUGCCAGGCUUUUUGUUUUCCCACCGACACCAGGCAAGGCCCUCCGGGAUCCUGGAGGCGAUGCGAACGAGGCCUCGCCCAGGCCCCUGGAGUCCCUGCCGGGUGUCAGGAGCCGGAGCCCCAGAGCUCUCACCGUGAAGAGCACUGGGCUGCGAGUCAGGGGCACUUUUUGGGUCUUAGUUUCCAUCUAUAAAAUGAAGGGACAGAUUGAUGACCAGAUUUCCUUUUAGUAUUUUUAAGUUCUGAAUGGAAGUUUAUCAAUGUAGACUGGAAUCGGUGGCAUGGGUCUGCCAUCGCCGUGGGAAGACUCUGACAUGUGGCCUUCGUGUGAUCGUCAUCUCGUCCUUGGAUCUGAGCCAAGGCAUUACAAACAGAUGGCGACGCCACUUAAAAAAGGAAAAAGAGUAGUCAGCAAGGCCCGAUCUCAUGCUGCUUCUCUCGCUGUUAGAGGCUUUGUCUUUUUUUUCAACUGCCUGGGCACUUUCAUCUCCGGGCUGGCUCCUGCUCCUGGUUAGCUUGGUGCCACUGGCACUGAGACUGUUCACAAGUCAGAGGCACCGUCUUUAAUGCACUUAACAAAGGAGUUCAUGAGCCAGUGACUUGAAAUUGGGCCCGUGGCGUGAGAGCUACAAAACCAGAAAAUGCUCCCCAAGAACACCGCCGCCCUCUUGAGCACCACUGGAGGGAGCUGGAGGAGGCACACCCCCUUCUCCUUAUUCCGAUUUCUCCUCGGGUUGAUGCAGGCGAGGUCCGAGGCCCUGGCCAACGCAGCAGUCAUUCAGGGCAGCACCCACUUGCGUCCGGUAAUUAUGAGUCUAUCAUUCCAGGCUGUGCAGAGGCGCUCCCCCACUGAGCCUGGCAUGCAGGAUUGCCCACUCAGCGGAUUGCCUGUUCUAGGUCUCCCCUUGCACUUGGUACUCCUGAUACCUCAGAGCUGGGAUGGAGCGGGCAUGGCCAUCAGGUGCUGCUCUGGUCCCUCCCUGUCCACACCUUAGCAGGUGGAGGUCAGGUGUCAAUCUCCUGCUGUGAAAAGAUUUUUUUUUUUUUUUUGGUCUGGGAAUUUUCUUCCCUCACUUUUAUGAAGAGUUUUCUAAUGAAGAUACUUUGUUUUGUAUGCUAUGUUUUCAAAGCCUUAACUGUCAGAUCUCGCUUUACCUGGUUUGUACAAGAACACAUUGGCCUAACACGCAAAGGAAGAUUUCUUAUACUUGGCAUUCCUGUUUUAAUAAACUUGAGUUUUGCUUCUAAA